GGUGCGCCUGGCAGUCGGCUGUGUCCUCCUGCGAGCGCCAGAGAGGGGCUGGAGGCGGGGCGGGGGUGCGGCUCGAGGCAUCCCUGCAGGGCGCUCCUCCGAGUCCCUCGGCGCUCUGAGCCCACAGGGAAGAAGGAGGGGCCGGCAUCAGUGACGUCAGCGAGACCGAGGUGAGCGUGGGCGUUGCCAGUGGUGCUCUGUCAGUGCCUAUGGAUUAUGGCAGGGAAAGUAAAAUGGGUCACUGAUAUCGAGAAGUCAGUGCUGAUCAAUAACUUUGAAAAGAGAGGAUGGGUCCAAGUGACAGAAAACGAGGACUGGAAUUUUUACUGACUCUUUGACCACACUGACCAGUGGAAUACAGUAAAAAUCAUACAUGCCUGGGCCCAGGCCAGUUCCUCUGUUGGAAACAUGUGGGUGCCCUGAGCUGUCCUGUGAGAAGGUGCCAUCCUGAAGCCCUCGUGCCACAGCGGCCACAGGAUGAGUGUGCAAACCAUCCGAAAUGUGUUCAGCGUCGAAGCUGGAUAUCGGCUCUCAGAUGACCAAAUAGUCAACCAUUUUCCAAACCACUAUGAACUGACCCGGAAGGACCUGAUGGUGAAGAACAUCAAAAGAUACAGGAAGGAGCUGGAGAAAGAAGGGAGUCCUCUGGCAGAAAAAGAUGAAAAUGGAAAAUACCUCUAUCUGGACUUUGUUCCGGUCACCUAUAUGCUGCCCGCUGACUACAACCUGUUUGUAGAGGAGUUCCGGAAGAGCCCGUCCAGCACCUGGAUCAUGAAGCCUUGUGGCAAGGCCCAGGGAAAGGGCAUCUUCCUUAUCAACAAGCUCUCACAGAUCAAAAAGUGGUCCCGGGACAGCAAGACAUCUUCGUUUGUGUCUCAAUCUAAUAAGGAAGCCUACGUGAUCUCUCUCUAUAUUAACAACCCGUUACUAAUUGGCGGGAGGAAGUUCGACCUGCGCUUGUACGUUCUGGUGUCCACGUACCGUCCGCUGCGCUGUUACAUGUACAAGCUUGGGUUUUGCCGGUUCUGCACAGUGAAAUACACCCCGAGUACCAGUGAGCUGGACAACAUGUUCGUUCAUCUCACCAACGUCGCCAUCCAGAAACACGGGGAGGACUACAACCACAUCCAUGGGGGCAAGUGGACAGUGAGUAACCUGCGGCUCUACCUGGAGAGCACCCGCGGCAAGGAGGUGACCAGCAAGCUGUUCGACGAGAUCCACUGGAUCAUCGUGCAGUCCCUGAAGGCCGUGGCGCCGGUGAUGAACAAUGACAAGCACUGCUUUGAAUGCUAUGGCUACGACAUCAUCAUCGACGACAAGCUGAAGCCCUGGCUGAUCGAGGUGAAUGCGUCCCCGUCUCUCACGUCCAGCACUGCCAAUGACCGAAUCCUCAAGUACAACCUGAUUAACGACACCCUCAACAUCGCCGUCCCGAACGGUGAAAUCCCAGACUGCAAAUGGAACAAGUCGCCCCCAAAGGAAGUCCUCGGCAAUUACGAGAUUCUGUAUGAUGAAGAACUGGCCCAGGGUGACGGGGCUGACCGGGAGCUGAGAAGCCGUCAGGGUCAGUCUCUGGGGCCCAGAGCAGGCCGAUCGAGAGACUCGGGGAGAGCGGUCCUCACCACCUGGAAGUGAGUCCCACCUGGACCUUACCAAAACUACUCACUCCAUCUGGGCCCCUGCUGAAGCCCUAUUUUGAAAUUUCCCUUUUGUAGAGCUUUUUUCCUUUCCUAAGCCCUGUAAAUAAAUGAAGGCACUUCUUUGGAA